CUAAUUCGAACAUUUAAAGUUAUUAUUUUUAAUGAUAAAUAGGAGCUGCUCCAAUGCUGGAGAAGGAGAAAAAAAAUCCCACCAAGAGUGCCAACAAGUCAUAUUUGUACAGCGCAAGGUCGUCUCAGACAUGACUGUGCUAUGGUACGUCGAUGCCCUUGUGCACUCAGCCAGUGCGCAGCGGUCAGAUUCAUGCGGUGAUAUGUUUUCAUUGCGUCCGCUCUGACGUGAAGAGCGACAGAGCCCCGAGGGUCGGACGUGUAACUUCAGUUUCGUGGGAGAAAGCAUUUCCCUGCGCCAGAGAAAACAGGCGAUAAGUGGAACUGGAAGUGCCCUUUCCCAGUUUGUUUUCUUCUCUAUCACCGACUCGGAAAAACUACGGCAGUUCUGUAGCCACAGGCACGCUGGUGGACACAUAAGGAUUUUCUGAUGAAAGUCAAGGUUGUCCAGCUUAAAGUCGAGGUUAUCCAGCGAGGAAGAUUUAUUGCUUCUCACAGGAGUCCGGAGAGAUUUUUUAACGUUAGUUCACACGAACAACCAACUUCUGUUUGAAGAUCUUAAAUAUGCGUUUGUACGAUAGAGGAAUUAGCGGUGAUAAUAUGAAAGACAAAAACGACGUUCGAAGUUUUGUCUUUUGCAGCGUAACAUCUCUGAAAUAAAAGUUUUAACGAUUAUCUAACGGUCGAAUAUUCAAAUUCAAACCACAUUUGGAAAAGGCGGACUAAAAACGCGGGCUUGUGCUACCUUUUUGUUCAAAUUUGAGGAAUGCUUCGACGCUCUUGUGGAGAGGAUAUGUUCGACAGUUUAAUCAAAUAAACGUCAGAAACUUACUUCUUAAAAGUCCCAAAAGGAGAUAUCCAAGUACUGGAAUUGUACGGUUUGAACUAUUUCCGACGCUAUUUUAACCAGCGCCUUGACUGUUGGAAAUGAACCUGAGGUGUGAAAAAGACGUCCGUUAAAUAUCCGUUGGAUUUGUCUUCGAACAUUAACGGAUUCUGGGAUCGUAACAGCUCACUGGGGGUUCGAAUGGGAUCUAUCAUGAUUUUACUGAAUACUCUGAGCGUCCUGUUUUUAUUGGAUGAGGUGGUACUUUCCAUGGCCAGCCAUUCUGCCUUGUCAGGGCUGGGAACUCAUGGUUGGAGAGCCCCCAUGGACUGCCUGAGGGCCAGUGAGGUGUGCAACCAAAACUCACAGUGCAGCUCACGCUUCCGCAUCAUGCGCCAGUGCCUGGUAGGUCGUGACAGGACUACCAUGCUGGCCAACAGGGAGUGUCAAGCCGCCCUUGAGGUGCUGCAAGACAGCCCCCUGUAUGACUGCCGCUGCAAGAGGGGCAUGAAGAGGGAGCUCCAAUGUCUGCAGAGCUACUGGAGUAUUCAUAUGGGUCUCAAUGAAGGAGAAGAACUGUAUGAGACCUCCCCAUAUGAACCAAUGCAUCUUUCUGAUGAGUUUCGACUCGCCUCCAUUAUUUCUGCCAUGGACUCUGCUUCUGCAAAGGGGAAUCUGUGUUCUGACACGGGCAAGCCCUGCAAUCCAUGCCUGGAUGCAGCAAAGGCCUGCAACCUUAACGACACCUGCAAGAAACAGCGUACUGCGCUCAUGGCCACCUGCAGCCCUGCAGCUCCCAUUCAGCAAGCGCACGAACCCUGCAACCGAAAACGCUGUCACAGGGGUCUGAGGCAGUUCUUUGAUCGCGUCCAAACGGAAUUCAGCUACCCGCUGCUCUUCUGCUCCUGUCGGGAUAAGGCGUGUGCCGAACGUCGCCGGCAAACCAUCAUGCCUGCGUGUUCGUAUGAGGAGAAGACAAAACCCAACUGUCUUGAGCUAAGGAGGACCUGCCGUUCAGAUCCGCUCUGCAGAUCCAGGCUGGCAGACUUCCACAUGAAUUGCCAGACGACACCGCAUUCAAUAACAAGCUGUCCUAAUGAUAACUACCACGGCUGUCUGGUGUCCUACGUUGGACUCAUUGGAUCAGAUGUGACUCCAAACUAUGUGGAUGCAAGCCACACCAACAUCACUAUUUCCCCUUGGUGUGGCUGUCGAGGCAGUGGAAAUCAUGAAGCGGAGUGCGAGGCCUUCCUCCGAGACUUCAGAGAGAACACUUGCUUGAGAAACGCUAUCCAGGCAUUCGGUUAUGGCACGGAUGCGGGUCUAGUUCCCAUCACGGAGUCUCAGUCGGCAGUCCCAUCAGUCCGGACCAAUCUGCAACCGGCUAUCAUCACCAAACAUGUCAUCAACUCAAAUGAUGUCAAGCAAAUAGACAGUGCAUGUGUUUUCUCCACAUGCGCCAAUCUUCAGGACAGUGAACAGAAGUGUUCUAACAGUUUUGAAUGUGCUGAUGAGAAUGUGCUGAACCCCAAUAUGGAAGGAUCCAUUGACUCGGUGGGCUCUCACCAGGCUGACAACAACAGAGCCAGACAUUCAUCUGUGACUUCAAUCAGUGUUUCUGCCGCCACACUGACACUGGCCUUUGCACUGGUCAAUCAGGUUCUGUAAACACAGCCUGACUCUACAACACCAGGAAGCAUCUGAUGGAUUCUUCUGACCUCAAUCAAAGAACUUCUCUAAAGUGACAUUGAUCUUUCUCUCUCUCUUAGUGUGUGUGUAUGUGUGUAUCACACGCCAUCUUUAAAAACCAGUCGAAACAAAAAAAAAAAAAACAACAAAUCCUUUGCAGGAGCUUCUAAAAGACUCGAAACACCACUGCCCCAUUGAAGAGAAAGUGAGGAACCACCAGUGGACACGGAGAACUUCUACAAAUGUCUUCUAAUGCCAGAAGGAAAGUAGCCCACCGUGUUCUCCAAUAUUAUGAGAACAGGCUAUAAAAUGCAAUCAUGUGACCCAUUGAUGAACUCUCUCUGUAUAUUCACCUAGAGAUAUAGAGCAUUCAUUAUAAAAACAAAACUCUUCGCUAUCUCCCCCGCGCACAUCAGUACAGUAGUGCUCACUGCCUUGAUCAUUACCAGUAAUUCCAUGUAAAUGAUUCUUUUGUUCAAAAAAAAAAGAAAAAAGGAUGAAAUCUCAAUUUGUGCCCUUUUUAAUUCCGAAAAUCUACAAGGGGAUAUCUGCAACACGUUUGGAUUCUCCAAUCUGGCGGGAUUCAGAUCAUACUGCCUGGUGUACAAUGUGUAUAAUGAUGUUUGUAAGUAUAUGAGAUUCUUUUUCCUGUUUUAUCUCUAAAGAACCUUUAGCAUGUGCCGGAAAGUCGAGCGACGUGGGGAACUAGAACAAAAGCGGAGAGCCACGUGAAACGUAUCACCAUGGAGAGCCGUCAGUGCCAAUGAUGUUCGUCUUAGGCUGUUAUUAUGUGUAAUCAUUUCUUUCUUGCCAAAAGACUUGGAUUAUAUUCAAAGAAAAAUGCUCCGGGGAGAGCGAAACAAAAGAUCCA